UACCUAAGGGUUAUUAUUGGGUGAUAAAUUCAAGACGAUGGACUGUUUUUCUCGGACGUUAAAGCAAGUAUUUUAAACAGACUAAAAUGGGAGAAAGUAAGCAGAUUUUACUUUCAUUUCUUUUGAUUAAGGCGGCCGUGAUCGGAUUGUGUCUAUGCAAAGGGAACCCCAGCACAAAUUUGGACUUAUACGACCAUCUCUUACACCCAUCUAGAUAUAACCCAGCCAUUAUACCAAAAUGUAAAGGAACUGAAAAAUUAACAGUUCGCGUUGGAAUGGCGUUAAGAGACAUUGUAGAAAUUAAUGAAAAACAACAGUUCAUCCGCCUGAAAAUAUGGGUCCGUAUGAAAUGGAAGGAUUGCAUGCUUCAGUGGGAUCCACCACAGUUUCAGAAUCAGACGGAGUUAGUUGUUCCAUAUGAGAAAAUUUGGAUCCCGGAUAUAACCCUGUAUGAAGGAAUAAGUGACGAGGGAAAUAUGCCCGACAUGGACGACUAUAGGGCUAGCAUGACCUACACUGGGGAUUUGACGUAUAAUUUCCCUUGUAUUGUGACCGUUGUUUGCCAGUUCAAUGUGGCGUACUUUCCCUUUGACCAUCAAGUGUGCAGCAUGAAGUUCGGCUCUUGGAUUUACACCGGCAAAAACGUCGAUUUAGAAAGAAUGAAAAAUGAAGUGGACAUUUCCAGUUUCCGCAAUCAUAACGAGUGGGAUGUAAUCGACACGGUCGCCGUAAGACACAAUAUUUAUUAUGGAUGCUGCACCGACCCAUAUCCUGAUAUCACGUUUCAUAUUCAUAUCAGAAGAAAGCCUUUAUUUUAUGUCAUAACCAUAAUUUUUCCUUGUUUUCUGAUAAAUAUAUUGACUUUUAUGGGAUUUGUUCUCCCGCCAUUCGCUCCAGAGAAAAUAUCGCUACAGAUAACGGUCCUUCUCUCCACGACCGUUUUCUUGUUGCUCGUGCAGGACAAAUUUCCCUCGGCCUCGGAAAACUUUCCCCUUCUUGCCCUGUACUUUGCAAUAUGCAUGGUGCUCGUGUGCGUUUCGUGCGUGCUGUCCAGCAUUGUGUUGCACGUGUAUAACAGGUCUCCCGAAGAAUAUCCUAUCUCUACGUUCACACGCUCGAUCUUUUUCGACAGAUUUCGAAAAAUCAUGUGCAUGAAGUCGGAUAUGGUUCUAAAUGAUGACAAGCUUGUUCAGAUUAAGGGAAUUCAUUGCUUAGAAACAGGACAGUCCCUACCCAGGGAAAAGUGCGUUGAGAUACACAAAGGGAGGAAAUCGUAUAAGGGGGCAAAGCUCUGCUCCAAUAAAUCCGAAAUUCCGGAAUAUCCCUCCGAAAGUAAAAAUCAGUCUCACUUUGACAAAGAUAAGGGUCACAUAACCAACGAGUGGGAACUGUUUGCUUAUGUUUUAGACCGAUUCUUUCUGUUGAUAUAUCUGUGUCUAGCUUUGGCCAAUACUGCUGUUUUCGUCUCAAUCAUGGUGAACUAUGAUGGAAAAGACAUUCCAAUGGAUUAAUUUGUGUACAUGUGUGA